CGCAGCGCAUAUCCCUCCGCCAGUCACUCCACCCCUCCUUCCAUUGCUGAGCUCGUCAAUUCCCCGCAGUCCCCGGAUGGAAACGCUGGCCAGCCGCCAAUAAGGUGACCUUUGCCGGGCUAUGUAGGACGGUAUGCACGGCUAUCUUUGUACAUCUUGCUGUUGAAUUUGCCUUCUCGUGAGCCUUGCAUUUAUUCCUUUCAUAUGUUGGGAAGGAAAAAUAUUAAACAGGCUACUGAAGAAUGGAAUUUUAGCCUUUCCUUGAAGCGUAUACCUAGUUGGAAAAAACUGGGGCUCUGGAAGUAUUUCAACAUAAGGACGACGAACAUAGUAUACUUAAAAGACAAAACACAGCAUACUAAAGUAUUUUUUAAAAAUGUCAUUUGAACAAGAACAAUCUUUUUACAUUGAAAAGGCAAGCUUAUUAAAAGAUAAUGUGUUGGAUAGCACAUCUGAUUCAGUAUCAGAAAUUGUUGUUCAAAAGUCUACACCUCAGCUUGCGAUUUCGGACAUUUUCUCCUAUGGAUUUAAAGAUGUGAAAAUAGAAUUGCCCAGGGUGAAUAUCCCCAAUGAAGUGAUAGGUAAACAUGAAAUUGACAGAUACAUAAAAUUGUUCCGAUGUAAAGAGAAAGCUGCAACUGUGUUUUUCAAGAAAGAGGAUACAAAUGAUAGCUAUCCAAAUUGUUCUGAGGUUUUUGCUCCACAAAAUAAAGCGGAACAACACCACGAAGAGGAAUUGAAAACGUCUGCAAAAAUACUGAAUUUUAGCUGUACAAAAUGCAGAAGCAACAUUCGGUACAGCCCAAAUGAUUUACAGAAACACUUUCAGCUGCUGCAUCAUGGAGAGUUGCCAUCCUACCCCUGUGAAAUGUGUGAUUUUUCAGCUAAUGACUUUCAGUCAUUUAACCAACACCGUCGGACACAUCGUAGCACUUUAGUGAAAUGUGAAAUCUGUAAUGAUGAACAUAGAUAUACGUUGUUGGAUUUGACAAAACAUUUCACAUCUAGGCAUUGCGUAAAUGGUCAUUUUCAAUGUGCAAGAUGCAGCUUUUCUACCCUAGAUGUAGGCACGUUUGUUCAGCAUAUUCAUAAGCACAAUGAAAUAAAGUGUAAGUGUGAUAAAUGUCAACAUAUAAGUUUCUCGAAAGAAGAGUUUCAAAAACAUGCUAUUUCACACUCUGGCACAUUUCCCUUUAGUUGUCAGUAUUGCAGUUACAUGGCAUCGCGGAAAACCUAUCUUUUAAAACAUAUUAUUGCUUUGCACAGAGACCAUCUCUAUGCAAAAGAUAACAUGGAUACAGGCAGCAGUGAAAAGAAGAUGGAGACUUCAGCAGGACUUAAACUUAUCUUGAAAAGGUACAGAACAGGGGCUUCAAGAAAGGCACUAUGGAGACGCAAAAGAAUUUCCAGUGGCAGCUGUGGGAUUGAAGAUGCACAAAUUGUUGGAGAUGCAAAUAACGUAGAUUCUAAAUCUGAAGAGAUAAGCCCGUCUGCAAAAGAUAUGCAGUUAAAUGAAGACCACAUGUUUCUUAGUGAAAAGCAUAUUCACAGUGGCACAAAAUCCCCUACAGCACUGCAGUACAGUAGAGCAGAAGAUGGUUUGUGUUCUGGACGGGGAUUGUUGAAAAAAGCUGUUCGUGGUCCUACCGUGAUGAUGGUAAAAAAUAAUAAGAUAUCAGUUCCAGCAAACUACAGUGCUAAAUUUAUGGGAUUCAAAAUGGUGGAUGGAAAGCAGCAUAUAGUAAUAAAACUUCUACCCAAACCAAAAUUGCCUGCCGUUGAUAAAAUUGAUGGGGUGAAAGAUAUUUCAGCAGAAUGUCUUCAGCGUGACAACCACAGUUUACUUUCAGGUGCUGGACCUCAUGAAGGUAAUCAACAGAUGUCUACAAAUAAUUCUGUUCCCUCAUUAAUGUCUGCAUUAUCUAAUCCAUAUUCAAGAAAAAUAAAGCAGGAAAGUAACAGUUGCUAUAAUUGGAAUACAUCUCAUUCUGUUGUACCUCCUGUUGUGCUCACAGGAAAAUGUGCUACUCGUUUUCCAUUGAAGCCAGAUACUGCCAUACUUGAUUCUGGUUCAGUGUCACAGACUGGAAUGAAAGAUAAUGUUUCCUGGAGGAAUAGUAUACCUCAAGAUCAUCCUCAGGUGUUACCUUCUGCUGGAACAAACCUGCUCCGUCAAUGCCCCAUGAAGAAAACAUUUUCUUCAGAAUUCAAAAUACUGAAUAGUGAAGUAAACAGGAAUAAUAAAUACGAUAAUGUUUAUUAUCCAACUGAUGGUUCUAAUCAAACAACAUUGCCUUUCCAUAAUUACUCUAAAAUAGGCAUUCUGGAUACAUCCAAGGAGCUUUUGUCUAGCAAGACCUUUCCUGUGCAAAGCAGCCUUUUGGGUGAAACCACAACAUGUUUUCCACAGUCUGCAGCAGAAUUAAACGUAGAAAAAAGAUCCUCAGUGCCACCUGUUUAUGGCAAUGUAAAUACAUACAAUGCUCCAGUAUUUUCAACUAGUCGGUCAAAAUAUGCCAUUGAUGGACAGUGUUGUACAGAAAAUCAUCAUGACAGCAAGCAAUAUUUGAAUACGAGGGUAAAUCAAGUAUUGGAACAUAUAGCUGAAAACUCGAAACAUGACAAUGCCUCUAAUUGUAUUAAUUCAUGUAUGCCUAAAAUAACAUCAGUUUUUUCACUCCAGAGUAAUCAGGCAUUUAAUUAUUUGUCACGCGAUGUAAAUCAGUCAUUACAAGAUGUGUUAAAAGUAAAACCAACUAAUCAACCCCAAAAGUACAUAAAAACUGAUUAUGAUCAAUCAUUUUCAAAUAGCUCAGAUUACAAAACAGUUUUACCCUUCAAAGACCAAACAGCUAUGACUAGCUUAGGCCAUUCUCCUGAUACAUUCAGAAGAGACCUAAAUGUAAACUUCAAUGCAACGAAAGAAAGUGUGAAUUUCUGGAAUGAAAGACGGGUUCCAAUAACAUCUCUUCGAACACAAGAAACACAGUCAACUCCAAGGACAGCAGGAAUUGGGGCAUUACGUAAAACUCAGGCAGAUGCAAUCAUAACACAACAGCUGGCAAAAGAUAAAUUGCACUACACCAUCCAUGGAUCUAAUGCUACUUAUCCAUCCCUUUCAGAACAGAAGAAAGCAGUGCUACUUCAGUCAUCUUCAUCAAGGUAUUUUGUCCCUUUGCGCCUUGCCCACCAACAAGGAUUACAGGUUAUUACAGGAAAACCUUCUCCAAGCAAAAGUUCAUCAGAUACUCAGGCAACAAGACCUACAUCGUUACUUUUAAACAAAGGACCCGGAAUGAUUUUGACAUUUGGUAGUGGGCCACUUGGAGCAAUUGCAAAUGCCACUGAAAAUAAUUCUCAGGUUUUAGAUAAGUUUUUGUCUAAAGAGUGUGCUAAAGAAGCAUCUACAUCACAGCUGGAGUUGAAAACAGGAAGUUCCAGAAGUGUACAAAAUUCUUUUAGUGUUAGUGCAUGCAGUGGAGCAGGAAGUUCUUCAUCGGUUCAUCUGCCACAUAAGGAGCCACUUAACAUUACUAAUUCAGGUGUCUGUCAUGACAGUGGAAUUUCCUCUGUGAAAAUAUUAACAGGUUAUCAGGGCAGUAAAGCUGACUCCUUGGAGUCAAGAAAACAACAGGAGAUUGGACAAGAACAACCUGUUUAUGCACUUUUGCCCAAUGGCAGACAGGCAGUUUUUCUAAAAUGUAUGUCGCCAAACAAGUCUCUAGUACAGAACCAUAAUGUUUUUCAAGGUACUGCUUGUACUCAAAAUACUGAACCAAAGAAAUCUGGAGCAAUGCAACAAAAGCUUUUUUGGAAAAUUAAGACCUUUCCUGCUACAGAGAACUGUCAACCAGUUAGCAAUGCUGUGUCAUCUUUACAAUUCAAUAAUAUGCAUUCCCUUAAUAGCCCUGCACUAGAGCAAAAAAGGACAGCUUUUUCUUCUAGUGAUGCCUUAAUCUUACCAGGUAUAUUGAUGCCAGAAAAUGCCUGUUUGUCAAGCUGUAAAUCCAAGGAUCCUUUCACUUCUGUAGAAUCUGUACAUUCCUCCAAACCUGUGAAGACACGGUCUCAAAAAUGUCCAUCCAACCCAGCACAAAAAAUACCCAACAAAGGGAGCAGUUUUGGAAGCCAGCUGUCAACAGGAACAAUGACAAAUAAAAUUUCAAAACCCAAGCAGCAUUCAAAGCAAACUAAUGUUAAAGUUUCGAAUAUAGCCUCACAGAAGAACAGGAAUUUGAAGCGGAAAGCUAAGGAUGACCUUCAGCAAUACCCUAGAAAGAAAAUGUUGCAUCGAAAGUGUAAAGAAAAAAAUCAAAUGGAUAUCAGUGAAUUGGAAUCUUUGAUUCAGGCUCCUUGUACACAGAAAGUGUCAAAAGACACUGUGAGGAUUCUAAAAUUACUCCCUUUCAAUUCUAAACAACUUAUUAAAUGCCCCCGAAGAAAUCAGCCAGUUGUUGUACUAAAUCAUCCUGAUGCAGAUGUUCCAGAAGUUGAAAAUGUUAUGAAGACUAUUGCUAAAUUUAAAGGACAUGUACUAAAGGUUUCUUUGUCAAAGAGAACUAUCGACGCUCUUUUGGAACCAGCAUAUUGUAGUAACAGUUUGUAUAUAAUUGCCAAUGACCUCCCCCAAAGGAAGCGCAGAUUGCUGAAACCUGUUAGCCCUGUAAAAGAGCGGUUCGUGUUAAAAUUAACACUGAAGAAGACUAGCAAAAACAAUUAUCAGAUUGUUAAAACUACCUCUGAUAAUACGCUGAAGACUAAAUUUAGUUGCUGGUUUUGUGGGAGGAUAUUUGACAAUCAGGAUAAAUGGGUGGGGCACGGGCAGCGUCAUCUAAUGGAAGCCACUCGAGACUGGAAUUCAUUAGGGUAAUUUAUUAUGGUUAGUGAAGCAGGCAAAACAAAGUCAAUCUGAUCACAAAUUUUGGAUGGCAGCCGUGUGCUAGAUGCGUUUUUUAAAAGGAGGAGCAAGUUUUUGUGGUAGCAUCUGAAAUGAACGUGUAUGAAUUUAAAUUAAAUAGUUGCAAUUGCAGUGUAAAUUGCAUUUUGUUACUACUAUCAUGUCAUAUAUUUUUAUUUAGAAAAUGAAUUUCAGGGCUUUUGUUCUGUAUAUAUUUAAAAUCAAAUUGUGUACAUAUUUUUGUACUUUAGUUAUUUGCUAUAAAUCUUGCACAGGAAUUGUAUUUUUUCCAGCUCUGUGCAUGCACUACUAAAAAGUUUUUUCAGCUACACACAGCUAUUGCCGUAUUUUUUCCUUGAUCUUAAAAACAAAAACAUUUUCUUUUCCAGGGAUUGUUGUUAGCAAGUGCCUAAAAGAUGUGAAGCAGUUUACUGUAUACCCAUUGGUCCGCAUAGGAUCAGGGUUCCUAACAGUUUCUUUUUAACAAAGCCAUAUGUGAAUGCUUUAAGCUAUAUUGCUAUGCACAUGACACUUGUACUAUUUCUGUGCAGUUUGUCUACUUUCUUAGUGGAGUAUUUUUCAUAUAAAUCAAUAAACAUGUUACUGUGCUUAAGCCUAAGAAUGAAAUUGGUUGGAAAUGUAUUUGCAAUGUGUACGGUGUUUCAGUGAUUUUUUGUUGUUCUAGAAAUCUGAUGUUGACUUUUAACGUUCACUAUGGGUGUGUGUGUGUGCUAAUUGAUAUUUCUUUUUUAUUAGGAGUGCUUCAAGUUUGAUUUUCUUACAUUUGAUGCUUCACAUAGUUCCAGUGAAUCAUUUGGUACUCCAUAGAAAAAUACUCUUCUGUGUUUGGGCAUCUUUCUGAUUCAGACUAAAAUCAUGUUUUUACCAUCUUCAUUGUAUGUCUUGCUCCGAAUUAUGGAACUUAUUUUGACAAUUAUUGACUAGUUAGGAAAUUAUUGACAAUACAGCACUGGAUGGUUGGGUUGUACGGAUGGUGUUUGAUUUUUGCCUAGGUUCCUCAGGCUUUUAUUUGUGUUGAUUUACCAUCUACUCUACAAAAUCUCUUAAGAUCAUAACCUAAAGUGUCAAGUAAGUCAAAAUAUUUUAAAUUUUUCCCCGUGAAAGAUGGGAUGGCAUCUUUAACUGUAUUAACCUGCUGGGAUGCUACUUACUGAAUAGAAAUUUGAACCUUAAUAACAUUGAUGAGCUCUCCCUUGCAUCCAUUACACUGGGAUUGCAGUAUUGCAACUGAGAUUUAUUGCAUAUGUUUAAUGAUGGUGUAUUCUUGGCCUGGAAACAAAGGAUUUUCUGUCAUGGCAUAGGAUAUAUAUAGUGUUCCAGUAAAUGUGGUACAAUCUGUAAACAGUCAUUUCUCUUGUUCUGCUCUCUAAGUUGGAAAAGUGUCCACACAUCUCCCAAGUUGUCUAACUUAUUGAGACCCCUCCCAAAACAGUGUGGCCUGAAGCUUGUCCUCUAUGUAUUGGUAGAAAUAAUACACAAGUAAAAUUAAUUUCUAUACUGGAAGUGAGCAAUUAGUACUUGUUGCACAUUGGUUGUAGAAAAAUUAAUCCUAUGACAUUAACAGGGAACUUUUAAAGUAUAUUGAGCAGUAAUAUGAUCUCAUAUUUGUAAUAUUUUUUUCAGUGUUUUAAUGUUUAUCUCAGGAAAAUGAUCAACAAAAAUUGAAAUUCAGAAUUACCUCAAGUUAAAAAUGUUGUAUAGAUGCAUACUCUGUGUUUGUAUGGGAUGUUUAAAAUAAUGAGUAAAGCAUUCGUCUAUAUUGCAAAUGAAACUAAAGAGUUUCCUGUUAAAAAUGUGUAGCUAACGUUUAACUUUAAAAGCAGUCUUGAGUCUUAAAUCACUUGAACAGACUUUUGAUAUGUAAUAAAUAUAUUUAUAUAUGGUGAUUUUAUAGGUUUACCAAAAGAGGGCUAGGAUGAUGAAUCAUUCCAUGUGUAGACUUUUCAACUUACGUAUACAUAAAACUUUUUUUGGUAUUCAAAGUCACAAGUAGACACAAUGAAUGUGACUGAGUUCAAAGUAACAUGCAACUCACAGAGGAAAUGUAAAGCUGUUGCAUGGAUUUUUGAAAUUAAUUUGCCUUCCACAAAAGUUCCGUCAAUUAGCUUGAGCUGCAGAGUAUCUAGCCUGAGCGUUUGUAACGUGGCUUAUCUCUGCUAUUGCAGAGCUAUUCUCCAUGCUUCAUAAAUUAGUUUAUGCCAGCUGACUACAUUUUUGCCAUUAUUUUUGUAAUAUUGUCACAGCUAACAAAAUUGUACCAUUUCAUACUUUUAAAAAAUAUGUUCUAAUGAUUGUGAGUAAACAUUACUAUUCAGAAGAGUUGGAUGCAAUUAAAUGGUAUUCUAUUCUAAGAAUACUACUUUAAGUGUUGGAAAAAUUCCAAUAUAUUUUCUAGCUGGGGUAAGUCAAGACCUGAAGAUAGUUUGCCAUCCCUUUCAACAUACUGAUAGGAAUUACUAAUCAAUAAAUCAACCUUGUUAAUCAGAUAC